CUCACCCACCAAGAUGGAGGUGCGAACUCUGGCCCGAAGCCUCCGUGCCAGGCCAACUGCGUCUUCUCUGCUCUACUCGACGCAACCAACCGUCUUCCGUGGCCAGUCUAUCCUCGGAUCGAAGUUCUUGAGAUACAACUCGUCCUCCAGCGACUCUUCACAAGCUCCCCCCAAACCCGAAAGCCAACAGCCCUCAUCCACCCCCUCGGUCACCAACCAGAGCAGCAACAAAAACAACAGCCAGCCGCAGCGAUCAUCUCCCUCCUCUGAUUUCGACCAAAUCCUCAACAAACUCGACCUCGGCAGCCGAAAUGCAUCCCAGACCCCCAGCGAGUCGUCCCAGGGAGGCCAGACCCGCAACCGACCCCAACAGCGUGUCUUUUCCGACGCCCUCUCCCUCUCGCGCGCGGUAGGCGUGUCCGCAGAGACCGAAAAUUACAGACAGCCCGUCCGUCGGGUGGAGUUGAAAUUGGGUCCCAGCUUGGGUCGUCAGGUCCACGUUGAGCCGGAGAAGGGGAUGGACCUUGCCAGUGCGCACCGCGUUCUUGCAUCUUCAAUCAAUGCCAACGGUAUCCGGAGACAGGCCAACAAACAGAGAUUCCAUGUCCGGAGGGGUCAAUUGCGCAAAGAUCUGCGGAUGGCGCGGUGGAGGAAGCUUUUCAAGUUCUCGUUCGACAAGACGGUGUCUAAGAUUCAGCGGAUGAGAGCGCAGGGUUGGUAAGCGCGAUAAUAUGUUGGAUGGAGAUUACUUGCUUUUCGAUGCCAUGAUAACAGUGGAACGGAAUGUAUAUACUACCUACACUCAAAAUGGGUCGUGUACGAACUUUUUAAGGGUUGAUCCUUUGUUUUGAAAUCAUGGAGGAAGCUCCUCGCCAGACCACCAUCACUGAAAGGGUUCUGGCUAUCUAUCAUGUAUAACUAUUUUCAGUUUGGUUUUGUUUCCUACUCGGUGUUUUGCUUGGCCUAGAA